CGCGUCCCCGCUGGCCCUGGGGCCGUAGGGCCGCGCCGGCCCGCGACCUCCCCAACGAUGCCCCAUCUCUGGCCGGCGCUUCGCCGCGUCCUCUGGGAAUACUGGGCAGCGCUCCUGGUCGGCGGCUUCUGGGGACAGAGCUCGCACGGGAUGCCGCAUGUCAUCCGGAUCGGAGGAAUCUUUGAGUACGCAGAUGGCCCCAACACGCAGGUGAUGAGUGCUGAGGAACAAGCCUUCAGAUUCUCCGCCAACAUCAUUAACAGGAACAGAACUUUGCUGCCCAACACAACCCUGACCUAUGACAUCCAGAGGAUACACUUCCAUGACAGCUUUGAAGCAACUAAGAAAGCCUGUGACCAGCUCGCUCUGGGGGUGGUUGCAAUAUUUGGACCUUCCCAAGGCUCGUGCACCAAUGCUGUCCAGUCUAUCUGCAACGCCCUGGAAGUGCCCCACAUACAGCUCCGGUGGAAGCAUCACCCUUUGGAUAACAAGGACACUUUCUAUGUCAACCUGUAUCCUGACUAUGCUUCCCUGAGCCACGCCAUCCUGGACCUGGUGCAGUACCUGAAAUGGAGGUCAGCCACCGUGGUGUACGACGACAGCACAGGCCUGAUACGGCUGCAGGAGCUCAUCAUGGCCCCGUCCCGCUACAACAUCCGCCUGAAGAUCCGCCAGCUCCCACUGGACACCGACGACGCCCGGCCACUGCUGAAGGAGAUGAAGCGGGGCCGGGAAUUCCGCAUCAUCUUCGACUGCAGCCACCUGAUGGCAGCUCAGAUCCUCAAGCAGGCUAUGGCAAUGGGGAUGAUGACAGAAUAUUACCACUUCAUCUUCACCACUCUGGAUCUUUAUGCAUUAGACCUAGAACCAUACCGCUACUCUGGGGUGAACCUGACCGGCUUCCGGAUCCUCAACGUGGAGAACCCACACGUGUCCUCCAUCAUUGAGAAGUGGUCCAUGGAGAGGCUGCAGUCGGCGCCCAAGGCAGAGCUGGGGCUUCUGGAUGGUGUGAUGAUGACAGAUGCUGCCCUGUUGUACGACGCGGUGCACGUGGUGUCCGUGUGCUACCAGCGCGCGCCCCAGAUGACCGUCAACUCCCUGCAGUGCCACCGCCACAAGGCCUGGAGGUUCGGCGGCCGCUUCAUGAACUUCAUAAAAGAGGCCCAAUGGGAAGGAUUAACGGGACGCAUUGUCUUUAAUAAAACCAGUGGUUUACGGACAGAUUUUGAUUUGGAUAUCAUCAGUCUCAAAGAAGAUGGCCUUGAAAAGGUUGGAGCAUGGAGCCCUUCAGAUGGUUUGAACAUCACAGAAAUCUCCAAAGGAAGAGGACCCAAUGUCACGGACUCGCUGAGCAACAGAUCUCUGAUUGUCACCACGGUGCUGGAGGAGCCCUUUGUCAUGUUCCGUAAAUCCGACACCGCCCUGUUUGGGAAUGACCGCUUCGAGGGCUACUGCAUCGACCUGCUGAAGGAGCUGGCCAUCAUCCUGGGCUUCUCCUACGAGAUCCGCCUGGUGGAGGACGGCAAAUACGGCGCACAGGAUGAGAAGGGCCAGUGGAAUGGCAUGAUCAAGGAGCUCAUCGACCACAAAGCUGACCUGGCCGUGGCUCCUCUGACCAUCACCCACGUCCGGGAGAAAGCCAUCGACUUCUCCAAGCCCUUCAUGACCCUGGGGGUCAGCAUCCUCUACAGGAAGCCCAACGGGACCAACCCCAGCGUCUUCUCCUUCCUCAACCCCCUCUCUCCUGACAUCUGGAUGUACAUCCUCCUUGCCUACCUGGGGGUCAGCUGUGUGCUCUUUGUCAUAGCCAGGUUCAGCCCCUAUGAGUGGUACGAUGCCCACCCCUGCAACCCGGGCUCGGACAUCGUGGAGAACAACUUCACCCUGCUCAACAGCUUCUGGUUCGGGAUGGGGGCACUGAUGCAGCAAGGCUCGGAGCUGAUGCCCAAAGCCCUGUCCACACGGAUCAUUGGUGGCAUAUGGUGGUUCUUCACCCUAAUUAUCAUCUCGUCCUACACGGCCAACCUCGCGGCCUUCCUGACCGUGGAGAGGAUGGAGUCCCCCAUUGACUCGGCAGAUGACUUGGCAAAGCAGACAAAAAUAGAGUAUGGAGCAGUGAAGGAUGGAGCUACCAUGACCUUCUUCAAGAAAUCCAAAAUCUCCACAUUUGAAAAAAUGUGGGCGUUCAUGAGCAGCAAGCCCACAGCCCUGGUGAAGAACAACGAGGAGGGGAUCCAGCGAACGCUGACGGCCGACUACGCGCUGCUGAUGGAGUCCACCACCAUCGAGUACAUCACCCAGAGGAACUGCAACCUCACCCAGAUCGGGGGGCUCAUCGACACCAAAGGCUACGGCAUCGGGACACCCAUGGGAUCACCGUACAGGGACAAGAUCACCAUCGCCAUCCUGCAGCUCCAGGAGGAGGACAAGCUCCACGUCAUGAAGGAGAAGUGGUGGCGGGGGAAUGGCUGCCCUGAGGAUGAGAACAAGGAGGCCAGUGCUCUGGGCAUCCAGAACAUCGGAGGGAUCUUCAUUGUCCUGGCAGCAGGCCUGGUGCUCUCUGUCUUCGUGGCCAUGGUGGAGUUCAUCUACAAGCUGCGCAAAACGGCCGAGCGCGAGCAGCGCUCCUUCUGCAGCGCCAUGGCCGACGAGAUCCGGCUGUCGCUCACCUGCCAGCGCCGGGUCAAGCACAAGCCCCAGCCCCCCGUGAUGGUGAAGACGGACGCCGUGAUCAACAUGCACACCUUCAACGACCGACGGCUGCCCGGCAAGGACAACAUGACCUGCAACACCGGACUGGCACCUGUGUUUCCCUAGGGAAUGGCAGAGGGGGGGGCGUGGGAGGGAAGGAGUUGCGGCAGACACGGCUGGAUGCACACUUAACUAGGGAAGAAUGGAUUAAAAAAAAACAAGAGAAAAAAAAAAGAAAAAGAAAAAAAAAAAGCCUGGUUUGUUCAUUUCAAGAACAAGGCCUUCGCAACCCAGCUGCAUCCAUCACCGCAGAGGAGCCAGAACUUGCAAGCACGGACAGUAACGUGGGUCUUGGGGCUUUUUGCGUUUGUUUUGUUACUUUUCAUUCCUUUUUUUUUAAUGCUUCGAUCCUCCAGGCCUCAUGGAGUCCAACCACCACCCAGGAGUCUGAUGUUUACACACUGCAAACGCACGGAGGUGAAGCAGAAUCGAGCCAACCCCGAGCGGGUGAGGAGGAGCCCCGAGUGUGGCUCCAUCAGCACGGCAAUAAACAGGAACACUCGGUGAGGUGUGAGCACCUGAUCCACACCGACACACACAGCACAUUUUGGAUACACUGUCCAGGAAUGGGAGAGGCAUCUGGGAAGCCCCAGGACGGUGGAGGCUGUGCUUGCCCCGGAGCAGCUCGCGGUGGCCCUCACCUCGCGGCUGUGCUGGCCGCAGCCACCCGGAGCGGGACAGCCACGUGGGAGCCUGGUGGCAGAAGGUGACACUCAUUCCUCAGCAGAUCCAGGGCAGCUGACUGGGAAGGGGAAGGUGAGCCUGAAAUGUACCCAAGCUCCGGGCCAGGGAGGGCACAGCGUGGCAUGCACAGGACCUUCUGCACCUCUGAGUGACAGCACCCACACCCCCCGUGCCAAGCUCCAGCCCAGGGUGACACCGUGAUCUCCAGGUCCUCAGCUCCGUCUCUGCUCUUCCUGCAAAGCUCAGUCUCUCCUGCAGAGAAGCAUGGGAAGCAACCACGUCCACAGGCUCCAGCAGCGGCAGGAGCAGAGCUGCUUCCAAGAGCCAAAAGUAGCGAUUUCCAUGAAAUUCAGCAGUGCUGAACUGCAGCUCCACGCUGGGAGGGGACUGUGGGCCUGCUUUGGGACUGAGUGCUCUCCAUGGCAUCAAGGACCUGAAAGAUGAAUCUCAGCCAGGGCUGACCUGGGAGAAGCAGAGCCAAGCCUGGGAUCUCUCCUGCUCUGACCACGAACUCUCAUCCCUCCAGGCAGCCUCUCCAUGGGAUUUAAGCAAACACACACUAAAAUGCUUUUAGGAAAUCUUCCAUGAAUUAUCUUCUUAUUUUCAGGUUGUUUAACCCAGAAGGUUGGUCCUGCAGAUGAAUUUAGGCAGAAUUACCAAAGACCCCUCUGCUGACCUAAGGUAACACUCGAGUUACAUCCCUCAGCUCCACCCCUGCCAGGCAGCCACUGGAAUUAUUCACAAAAUUAAACAAAUGGAAAUUCCUCUGCCCUCCAUAACCCAGAAUGUCACACAUGUGAUGCAAAGGUGCUUAAAAGCUCUGGUUUAACCACUGGUGGUGUAGAAAACAGCAACACCCUUCCCCUGCAGGGGUAAGAGGGACAGUGACCCUGCAGGACCCCACCUGUGUGGAGGGCAGGAAGGGCAGGGAUGGAGCAGUGCCCGAGCCCUGCACCCAGCUCUGGGCCAAGGGUACAGCUGGUGCUGAGGCCACCACAGCCCUCCUGAGCUGCACAGCCAUUCUGGAAAGUUUAUCCUUGCCCAAAGGAACACACCUGACUGUAGCUGAUUUUGGAUUUUUUCCCCACCUCUUCCUCUCCGUUGUCUCCAGCUGAGCAGAAUUAGCAGAUUAGCUCAAGGGGGAAGAGCUGCUCCCCCACCCCAUUAUGGAACACAGUUUGUCCUUAUUUUGCUUUUGCCAUGAUGUAAAGAAACAACAGAGUGACCCCAAGCAAAACCAGGUGAUUUGUCAUACUUUGACUCAAGUGAAGAUAUGCAAAGAAUUUACAUUUAUUUUCACCUUUUUCACAAAAACCAUGAAAAAUUAGGGAUAAAAGUUGCCAGUGCAAUGGGCAUCAGAUUCUUACAAGUUUGCUGCACAAAUACCUUGAGCAGAGGACAAACUGAAGUGUGGGGCAGCUUCCCAAAGCUAAUUACAUGCUUUCUGUAUUCCUUUGGAAAUCCUUAGGCUUGUCAGAGCAGUAGAUUUUGUUUUCCUUGCAGACUUCUAAAAAAGCAGAGAUGCAAACAAAGCCUGAAACUGGCUUUAAAUGUCCAGAGAGUAAAAUACCACAGAAAUCAGCAUUCGUUUUGCUUCUUGGCAGAUUUUUAAAAAAAUAAAUAAAUAUUGCUAAUACCACAAACCCCAUUUAUUUAUUGACACCAUCCUGAUUUGAUUUUACUCACAAAUGUAAUAGGUGAGCAUCUGGAAUUGCUGGUGUACUGCCAGCCAGACCAAACCCUGCAGAUGAACCUUUUCCUUCCAUCCCCACACCCCUAAAUCAGCCAGGAACUGCAGCCAAAUUCCUGCCUCUACGUCAUGGCUUGGUGUUGAUCCGCUUGACAUCCAACAAGGGAAUGUUCUGCAGCGCCCAAAAAACGCAGAGGAGCUGCUGGGGCCGCAGGCUGGUGCAGACCCUUCCCCCUGGCCCCGCUCACUGUGACCCGAGGGAUGUGCACGAUGUCAGCCCCAGCCUUCCCGCGGGACCGGGGGCAGCUCAGCCAGGAGAGCUCCUGGAGCCUCCCCGAGUGCUCCUGGGGGAGCCCAAAGCCAUGUGUGCUGAUGCCAGAGGAGGAGCAGCCAGCCCAGUGCCUCACAGCCACGUCUUGGGAGGUUUGGGAAGGGACAGACCCCAUGGCAAAGCCUCAAAGCCUUUUGUGAGCAUGUCCGUGACCUGGCUGGGACUGGCGACAGCUCAGUCUGAAAUCAUCUGACUUCCAACGCUGUUCCUUUCUUCACUUGGCAGAGGGACUGGAAAACUGAGGAGGAAAUACAGAAAAAGAAGGUUUGGGUUAUUAAACUGUAUCUAAACUGUUGUCACCUCGGCUCACCGUCCCCUUAUCACUUGCUUUUUCCCUCCAACUCUCCCUUGAGACAGAGCAGGGACAGCCAGCAGCUGCCCUGGGGUGGAUUUUCUGUUUGGAGUCACCAACAGCACGUGUCAGGUCUGGUGUCGAGGGCACAGACCCACAGAGAGAUGGAAGAUGCAAAGGGCAACCAGCUCUGGGCACCCACUGCUCCACCUCGGUGCUGGCAGCAGGACUGGGCUGGGUGCCAGCACAGAGGCUCUCCAGGAAGGUCACAGCAAAGGGACAUCGUGGCUCCUGGUGGCUUCACCCAUGUCCACCCAGUGACCGUGGGGUGCAACAGUCCCCAGAGUGCUCGGGGCUGGCAGGGCACGGGUUAUUCCCAUUGGCAUCAUGAGCCCUCUGCUCUGUACCUUACUUUGACAUGUUUCUCAAAAAAAAAAGAAAAAAAAGAAAAGAAAAAAAAAUAAACAGAAAAAGAGUGGGAAAAAAAAGGAAAAAAUAGUCUCCGUGACAUUCAGGGGAUUUUCCUUUGUGGACAUGCAGAAUUUCUAUGAAUAUAGUUUUUUGUAAACAUUUUGUAACAAUUUUGGUUUCAUAGUAACUGUGUUACUUGCUGAUCAUUCUAGGCUGAUGUAAAUACAAUUUCCAAAAAAUAAAAAAAAAAAAGAAAAAAUUCUGAUUAUUUUCCUUUUUAAGACACUGUGAUAUAUCAAAGUGCACAGUUUGCUGUAUGAAGUAAUAUGGUUUUAAAUUUUAAAUAAAUAAUUUCUAGAAAAUAA